CAGAGAGGCCUGGGGCUCCAAUAGAGGAGGACAAGGGUGUGGCGGUGCCCGAGUUCCCACCGUCAGUCCAUCCGGGGUUCACCCUCGCGGAGGAGGGAGGGAAUCCAGUCGGAUCCGGGGCUGGAUGACCAUCUCGGCCCAGCGUGGUCCCCGCUGCUCUGGGCUUCAGGCUUGCCGCCUUGUGGGGCCACGGCUCUCGUCCUAGUCGCCAGGGAGGAGCCUUGGGCCUGGCGGUCUGGAGCACAGGCCGGAAUAACUGCUUGCGGACCCGGCUUGCCACGCCUCCACGUGGGACCUGGUGCAAGUCGCUUAACCGCUCUGUGCCUGUGCCCUCUCCGUCCAGAGGGGAUGGGGUUGUGGGAGUAGAAGCGUGUCGUCCACCCAUGGGAAGGCUUGGCACGUCUGGGUGGUCAAAAAUCAUCUACUCUUUCAGCGCGCACCUCAGGAGAAAGAGGAGAGGACAAGUUAAAACCUCUCCUGGCUAGAGAAUAUUUAAUCAUUUAGCGGAAAUGGUAUUUUUUACAUGCAAUGCGUGUGGUGAGUCCGUGAAGAAGAUACAAGUGGAAAAGCAUGUGUCGGUUUGCAGAAACUGUGAUUGCCUUUCUUGCAUCGACUGCGGUAAAGACUUCUGGGGUGAUGACUAUAAAAACCAUGUGAAGUGUAUAAGCGAAGACCAGAAGUACGGUGGCAAGGGCUACGAAGGGAAAACCCACAAAGGCGACGUGAAACAGCAGGCGUGGAUUCAGAAAAUUAAUGAAUUAAUAAAGAAACCCAGUGUCAGCCCCAAAGUGAGAGAACUUUUAGAGCAAAUUGGUGCCUUUGACAAUGUGCCCCGGAAAAAGGCGAAGUUUCAGAACUGGAUGAAGAACAGUUUAAAAGUUUACAACGAAUCCAUUCUGGAGCAAGUGUGGACCAUCUUUUCUGAAGCUUCUAGCAGUGAGCCAGUGAGUAAGGGGCAGGACCCACAGCCCCCCGAGGAAGCAGCCAAGCCACAUCCGGAAGUGGCCACCGAGCUUCCCUCCUCCAAUGCCAGCGGCCCCUUGGAAGAGCAGGCACAGGUGAAGAAGAAUAAAAGAGAAAGGAAGGAAGAACGGCAGAAGAACAGGAAAAAAGGAAAGAAAGGGCUGAAACUAGAAAAUCGUCAAGAAGAUUCAAAGAGUCAGAAGCCUAAGAAGCAGAGAAAGGGGCAGGAGACUGACCCGGGGGCUGAUGGGGAGGAGGCCCUGAUGGCCAACGGCUCGGCGGGGAAGAAGGGCAAGAAGACGCAGGGCCAGGGCAAGCAGGUGGCAGAGGGUGAGGACGCCGCCGGCGCGGAGACGAAGCCAGCCGUGGGGAAGAGGAAGCAGAAGCAUCUGGGAGGUGAAGCAGAUUCUAAGAAGAGAAGGGUGACAUUCCCGGGACACUCUGAUGACGGAGAACCAGAGGACGGAGAGGCUGCUGCAAAAGGUAAAUUCAACUGGAAGGGAACUAUUAAGGCUGUUCUGAGACAGGCCCCAGAUAAUGAACUGUCUGUCAAGAAGCUGAAGAAAAAGGUGCUGGCUCAGUAUUACACAGUGACGAGUGACUCCCACAGGUCAGAGGAUGAGCUCCUGGUCAUCUUCAACAAGAAAAUCAGCAAGAACCCCUGCUUCCGGUUGUUAAAGGACAAAGUCAAGCUUCUGAAAUGAUCAGUGAUCUUUCGAUAUUUAGAAGUUGAAUCCAUUGCAUUGACUUCUUCCUUUCACUGCUGUUUAUAAAAUGUGUAAUGAAUUACAACAACCUCAGUUUUGCUUUCUAAAGCUG